GGUGAGUGAGCGAAAGUGACUUCCACUUUACAAUAACUCCUGUCCUGCGACGCAUCUCACUUCAAAAGCCAGCAGUGUUUCACGUCUGAAAACAAAACAAUCUGCGAAGGCGGAAGUAGCAGAAAGGUAUUGCUGUUACUACUACUAGAACUACUACGAAGCUAUGGGGAAGAAGAAGCGGUUGAAUAGGUUCAUCAGUAAAUGGAUCAAAAGUGAUCUGCCGGAGGAGCGAUCGACGGUGCUGCUACUUGGCGUCACCAGGAUACCGACGUCGCCGGUGCCGGCGCGACGACCCUGCUCCUUGCCCAUCGCUCCGAGACCCACGAACCUAGUUGUUCCCUUCUUGACCCAAACACCUUCGGUGUCCUCGUCUUCGUCUUCCGAUGAGGAGGAACGCGAUCUUCGCUUGGUGGGAUUUGUAGAUGCGGCGGACACUAAGCCUAAGACGACUGUUAUUGUUGUGAAACCCCCGAUCAUCAUGGAUAGAUCGGUAGAUUCCAUUGGGACGUGCUCACUUGACGUGGACGCUUCUGUCGAGAUGUCAGAUACGUCUGAAAAGUCGUCGCUUGGGACGCUGAAAAGUGUGAGUUUGAAGAGUCCCAGUGGACAGGAGGCGAGCAAUCGUUUACCAUCGUAUCUCAGCUUGGCGUGCACCGUGAACGGCUAUUGCACGACCACCAAUUACGAUCCUGUGAGGUUGGCCCGAUCCAGAGAUACUUCUCCUCAUCGUCCUCACGAGAACCAUGCCCAGGACAAUCUAACUUACGCUGUCCACAAUAAUUUACUGUCUCCGCCGAAUUUAGUCCCAUUACCGAUGCAAAAGUACACGAUGGCCGAGCAGACGAUUACCCAUCACCAUCAGGAGUUUUAUACGUCCACCAAAUCGUACAUCAGCAAGGAGAGUUUCGCCUCGAGCAUAUAUUCCAAAGACUCGGUGGACUCUUGCUUGGAGAAGAAGUACACAAACGGCGUGCAGAACCAGAAGUUGUCUAAAAAAGUCAUUAGUGAAUCCGUAGAAUAUAAGAGUAGUAGUAACGAGAAUAAGUCUUUCAUACAGCAGAGAGUUGAGCGGCUGUAUGGGCCAGGUGCUCUCGCGCAGGGCUUCCUGGUGAUCAACAGGCAGAAGAAUCGAAGCACGGAAUGGGAUUCGGAGAAGAGCUUUAAUUCCAGCUACGAAAAUGAUAGUCACUCCAAAUCUAUGUGCGACAAGCUCCACGCCGAUGAUGCCUCCGAUGCAAACAUGAAGCAGAGCACCAGCAGUCCAUCUCUGCCCGUCCUCAGGCAUCUGACACCGGAGUUUAGGGCACAGCUGCCUAUGAUGAGUCCGCGAAGGAUGGCCGCCAACGGUGACAGUUCCAUGCAGAAGAGCACCACGUUUCCCACUAUUCUCGAUAGUGUUAACGGCGAUGCCGUCGAAGAGAACGGCAAAGCACCGGUGCUGAACGGCUGCUCGCAUCACAAGACCGACGUCGUACUUAAUAAUGGCCAAGAGCAAAGUGACGUCAAGGAUGGGCAUUACUUCCUCCAGGUGCUCGAUCGCGAGGCGGAGCGACUUCUUGCGCUCGGGGAUAAAGCGGAGGAAGAGCUUAAGGCUGAAGGUCUAUCCGAGGAUACCAAGGGUUUCCUGAGGUCAGCCUCCGGGAAGGCAAGGCUUUUGGUGUCGCAGAAGAUGCAGCAGUUCAAGGGCUUGUGCACCAACAAUAUUAAUCAGGUGGAGGGUAACGCUUUUCCGACGACGAACGACGAUUUGCAGGGCUUCUGGGAUAUGGUCAUGCUGCAGGUACAUCAAAUCGACGAUUUGUUCAAGGAAAUGGAAGAACUUAAAGCGAACAACUGGGUGGAAAAGAAGAAGACAGUAGAUGUGAUUGAUAGUAAGGUCAGUAAUAACAACAAAGUUAGAAAGCCGGCGGCGCCGAGAGUUCAGAGCGCCGGAGCGGAGGAGGCGCGAAAAAAGAGGGAGGCGCAACGGAAGCAAAUGAUCGAGGAUAGAAGGAAGGCCAUGCGCCAGCAGAAACAGAUGCCGCGACAGAGUAUUGAAAUAUACGUGCCUGAAUCUAGUUGAAGAAUUAUCUUAGGUUUAUUUAAAUUCGUCGUACAAUUUACUACUCUCUACUAUGUAUUUUAUAAAAAAAAAAGAACGAUGGAGACACACGCAACACACUUAUAUAUAUAUAUAAUUUUUUAUUUAACCCGCGGAAGAGGGAUGACCCGAUGGCUUUAUACGAAAAUGAACUUUAUUUUAUAUUUAUAUUAACGUUAGGUUGAAGAUUAGAGAUGCGAAGGGAAGCACGUCUUCUCUUUCGCUCUUUCAGUGCUAUUCGAUGCAAUUUUUCUAACGAAAUCUUUUGUACUAUAAGAAAAUUAUAUUUUACAUAUUUUAUUUAUAUUGAAAGUGUUUAAAUGUCGUUUUUUUUUUAAAUAUUAAUGUUGUCGGCCGAAGCCGGAUCGAUGAAAGAAUGAAUAUUGUACACCAUGGUUUAGACAGGCUUUGCUUUAGAAGUUAACAGUAUACUUUCUUCCAUUGCGUAACCGAGCCGAAGCCGACACUCCGAGAAAUCUCGUUCAAUCAUUAUUAUCUAGUGGUGCUUAUUGUGAAAAUAUUACAAAGUUUUCUGUUGCUUUUUUUUUCUUGUUUUGCAUCCUGUUGAUGGUGAAUGAUGCCACUUGUGCAGGUUUGCAAGUGGUCCGCGGCGGCCUACGAGCAGACAGAAAACGAAAGGAUAAUCAAAUCAAAUUCCAGUAGGUUAUUUUUUUUUCAUUUUUUUAAAUUAAUUGUAACGUCAGGAUAAAUAAUAUUAUAUUGUAGACAUAUUUACCAUGUUUCGUUACAUUUUGUUUUUACUCUUAUAAGAAAAAAAAAAUAGGUGUAAAAUGCUGUGACAAGUUACUAUGCGAAGACUGAGUCGAAAUCUUUCUCUUUAAUUUUA